GUGUGAAUGAAAAAGCCAUACGCAGAUCUCUUCCAAGAACAAUAAAUGCAUUACAAGGCGCUUAGAUCCACGCACAGUUUUGCUCAAGUGCCCGCAUAUGAAUGCAGAUGCAAAGCAAGCAUUUAAAAAAAAAAACAAAAACAAAAACAUAUUUUCUUGGAACGUCACUUGAAAUCGCCUAAUUCACUAUUCUCCCAACCGUCGCUCGUCACUCUUGAUUUUGCCUACAAUAAAUGUCCACAACAACAUUCGCACUCCCGCUUCAAGCAGCACCAAUACGCAGCUGAGAAUAGGAAUAGUAGUAGAUAAAAGGAAACAGAAAACGGCUGCUAGUGAAGUCAAUCAUUCCGGGGCCAGAGAUAAUCAAACGCCAUUGCUGCGACUACAGAUGCAAAGAAAUUGAUACCAAAUUAGCGUCCAGGAUAGAGCGAUCAGUAAUUUGAAGUGAGCGUGCGGAAUAUGGAAAGCGAGAAAAUGUCGUCGUUCUAUUCGAGUGCAACUAAGUUAUCUCAAAGCAAUUGCUUGACUCUACCUCAUCUGACGUCUGCCACAAACCCAGCAACGCCGAUGCAAUCCUCUGCCCAGCUAUCGCUUUCACUCAAGGUGGAACAAGCAAUUUCCGCAAACGCAUUUCUCGAGCCAGCACCUUCGUCUUCGGCUUCGGCGUCAUCUUCCUUCAGCGAUCCUUUCGCAGCCUACGCGAACAACUUUGAUCUAUCACUACUACCUCAAGAUUGCGCUCCAACAACAACCGGGAAUAUACCCACCAUUGUCUAUCAGUUUGGUUGCAAUACGACCAAUUUACCAACGCCAACAUCGCCGCCCCUAGCAGCCACUCCAACAACUCCUGUGCCGAUUAGCGCACUCUUAACGCCACCUGAAAUUAAAAUCGAACAAGCUUGGUCGUUCGGCUCCUCUAUCUCCCUGCCGGAGGAGAUUAAGCGGGAGCCGCAACAGCAGCCGAUGCUAAAGUCGCCCAAUCAGCUGAUACCACCACCUCCAUAUCCGCACAUCUAUCCGUCACCUCAAUCGAGUCCUGCUCAAUCGGAAUACGGUUUUCCACUAUCACAAUUUGCCAGUUGCUACGAGUCAGUGAGCUCAUCGCGUUCAACGCUGCAUCCCGCUUCGCCGUAUCCUUUGUUAGAUGCCUGCAAUAUCAAGCAAGAGUUGCACAUCCUGCCUCCCUCACCGCCAGAGUCCAAUUGCGAAACGCCAUCGCCGCAUUCAUCGUGGCCCGAUAUCAAGUCGGAGCCCAUUGAUGCUGAUGUUGAGGCGUUAAUAGACUUGAAUAUGUUGCUGGAUAAAACCGAGUGCCAGUUAAAACAACACACAACGAUGCCUAUACAACAGCAGCAACAGCAACAACAACAACAACAGCAGCAGCAGCAAAAGCAUAAUCAGCAAAGUCAAGAUCAUCAAAUGCUUCGGCAGUUUUUCGAAGAGAAUCGUUUUCCAAUGGGUUGUAGCAUGGACGAAGUUAGCGGCAAUAUCGAACAAGUGAUCUCAAUGGCUCUCGAGGAUACGAAGAGUCAGGCAGUGGAGACCUGUGCCAAAUUGCGAAUAUCUCAAGAUUCCUGCGAUUGGUCAGUUGCUCAAGUGCACGCCUGGCUACGUUUCACCGUAGAGCAGUUUAAAUUACCGGAAAUCGAGGAUUUGGAGACGAAAUUUCCGGAAAAUGGCGCAGCACUGAUUUUGCUGAGCGAGGAAGAAUUCAAGCGAAGAGUACCAGAGGGUGGGUCCGACUUAUAUGCCCAACUGGAGGUGUGGCGCUAUCACUUCAACAGUAAUGCACCGGACAGCGAUGACGACGAAGAAAUGCUGCCCACUACGAGCGCUUUAGCUGUUGCAAAAACAACAGAAACUAAGCGUUCUGGCCGCAGCGGUGGCUCACACAUACAUUUGUGGCAAUUCCUGAAGGAACUCUUGGCUGAACCACAACUACAUGGAACUGCCAUACGUUGGAUUGAUCGUAAUCGCGGCAUAUUCAAAAUAGAAGAUUCUGUACGAGUGGCGAAAUUAUGGGGCGGGCGUAAAAAUCGUCCUGCCAUGAAUUAUGAUAAAUUGUCACGUUCGAUAAGACAAUACUAUAAAAAAGGUAUCAUGAAGAAGACGGAGCGCUCACAGCGUCUGGUCUAUCAAUUCUGUCAUCCAUAUCAGUUGUAAGUGAACCAUACAACAUAGCGGAGUGGAGUGGUAGUGAGUUGAGCAGAGAGAUGACUGCUUAACUGAAAUGGAGAAUAGAGAAUGGAGAAUGGAAGUGCAAAUUUAGAGUGCGAGCACAAAGAGCGAAAAAGUAGCGAAAUGACAGCCACCGGAAUGGCCUUAUUGAGUAAUCGAUAAUUUAUUGCUAUUUAUUUAUUUAUUUAUUUAUUUAUUGCAUAUGCAUAUACAUAUAUAUACAUAUUUAUUAUGAAGAGAUAUUGCGAGAAUGCGCAGAUGUUGAGAAGCCCAAUUAUUUAUUUAUUUAUUAACUUAUUUAUUUAUUAAAUUAUUUAUUUAUUGAUAAUGAAGAAAGUGCCUACAAAUACUUCAUAAGCCAACACAAAUCGAUGAUCACGAUGAACACAGAAUACAAAAAUUGCGCUCAUCUCAUACCGCUAUACCAACAAAUCUCAACAA